GAUGGCCCUGAUCGAAAAAUGUUCGAAACGUGUCAAUGUCGGUGAAAAAGGUUUAUAGUGCGUAACUCGCGAAAGAGAAAACAACAAUGCGAAUUGAAUGAAUUGAAUCCAGAUGGACAACGGGUAAUCACUUAGUAGUCGAAUGGAAGCCUGUUAGAGGCGUUGGUGCGUGAAACAGAAGUGGAAGUGAAGAGAAUUGUGUGCGAGUCGAAUCAGAGUUGUCCACCUCCCUCCCCUCCCCCUCCCCGCAUAAUUAUAGAAACAACAUUAUUAUUACUAUCGAUAUCCCUAUUACGAAAAUAAUGAAACACGUGCUCCUAGAUACCUUGUCGCGAAAUUAGCACACAGAAAUGAAAAUGGAUGAGAAAUUAAAAUUGGUCAGAAGUGAAAUUAAUUUUAUUAUGGAAUUUCGAAUGGAGAAUAAGAAAAUUGUUUUGAACGAUUGAAAUGGAUAUGAAUCGUGGUGGGUGGGACGUGUACUGUGUUAUAGAAGUGCCGUUAUAUUCGAGUGUAAAAACAAUGAUUAAUAAUAAUAAUAAUAUUAUAAUAAUAGAAAAUAAAUCGCGUAUUCAAACGAACGAAAUUUAAAUAACGAUGAAAACAAUUUUUACAGGUGUAUAAUCGUAAGGUUCCUAAUAAAAAAGAAAAAAUUAAUACAUCUAAUAAUAAUAUAAAAUUAAUUAAUAAAGAUUGAAAUAUUGCGCGUUGAUAUACCGAAAAUGUGAAAAGUGUGGAAAUAUUGCUGAAAGUGAUAUAUUCUAUAUAUAUAAAAUUAAAAUCAUAAAAAAUGCAGACCAUAGAAGUUUUUUUAAAUUCCACCCUGUGGAACACCGACCUGUGGAACAUCUCUUUAUUGAUGGAGAAUUACACUUACCACAAUAACACGAAUAUCACGGAUCUACAAUUGAGAAAUCAGUUCAUACUUCCAUGGUGGAGACAAAUGAUAUGGACGUUAUUGUUCGCCGGUAUGAUCAUAGUUGCAACCGGUGGUAAUCUGAUAGUGAUUUGGAUAGUAAUGGCCCACAAACGGAUGCGCACAGUCACAAAUUAUUUCUUGGUAAACUUGAGCAUCGCGGAUGCCAUGGUAUCCACGUUGAACGUCACAUUCAAUUACGUCUACAUGUUGAACAGCCAUUGGCCUUUUGGCACGCUUUACUGCAAGAUUUGCCAGUUCAUUGCUGUCCUCACCAUAUGCGCCAGCGUCUUCACGUUAAUGGCGAUUUCCAUCGACAGAUACAUGGCCAUAAUGAACCCUUUGAGGCCGCGCAUGGGUAAAAGGGCCACGAUUUGCAUAGCCAUCGUUAUCUGGAUCGUGGGGGCCGUCUUGUCGCUGCCUAUGCUACUCUUCUACAGGACUUACACCCAAAAUUUCGUGAAUGGCGAAGUACGGGUUGUCUGCUACGGCGAUUUCCCGAACAGGGACGACAACGGUCUCAGUUACGACGAAUACCUGUACAACGUAAUCUUCAUGGUGUUGACGUACAUUUUACCAAUUGGAUCGAUGACAUUCACGUACGCAAGAAUCGGUUUGGAGCUGUGGGGCUCGCAAAGCAUCGGUGAAAAUACUGCUGGCCAAUUGGAGGGUAUAAGGAGCAAACGAAGGGUGGUAAAAAUGAUGAUCGUGGUGGUACUAAUAUUUGCGAUAUGCUGGUUACCUUUUCACGUAUACUUCAUCAUAACGUCGUAUUUUCCGGAGGUUACGAAUGAAUCGUAUAUCCAAGAAGUUUUCUUGGGUAUUUACUGGCUUGCGAUGUCUAACAGCAUGUAUAAUCCCAUAAUCUACUGUUGGAUGAAUUCCAGAUUUCGACGCGGAUUCGCCCAUUUUUUCUCCUGGUGUCCUAUGGUAAAAGUUCCGCCCGAGCCCUCGUUAUCACGAUCGGAGGCGUUAACGUCGCGAUACAGUUGCACAGGAAGUCCUCAAACGAACACAAGGAUAUCACGGAACGGUACGCCGCGAAUACAUAUGUGUCUACGAUCGAGAGGAGGAAACGAUCGAUUUUUGGCUGAGCAUCGAGGAAGGAAAUGGAAAACCUCGCAAACUAUGGGUCACGUGUCUUGACAGGAAGAAGAAAGCGCUCAGCAACGAGUACAUACCUGGAUAUAAGAGUACAUAUCCAUAAAAAGUCGACCUCUUCAAGAUUCAUCGCGAAUGAAAUAGAGAGAGAUUGAGGAGCCGUUAAAUUCUAGAUCAUAACGCACGCAGACCUGUUAUGAUCAGAUCAGAUCAGACCAGAAAGCUCAAAUAAUUGUUCACUAUGUUCAAUAGAAACGUUAACUAUCCGCUAUUAGAAUAAAUAUUUCCGUUUCGAUGUAAACUACGCUGAAUCGAACGCGACGAUGAAAAUCAAAGGAUUCAUAAAAAAAAAAUGAUCUUUUUUGCAUUUUUAUUUUUUAUCGAUAGAUUUGAUAAAUAAAAAAAAAUUUAAAAAUUCUUUUAAAAACUAUUAAUUUUACAAACUAUUAUACGAUAGUGAUAAUUAUAUUGCCGAACAAAUUAUAAAGUUGUGCACUUUAUGAUUCUAAUAAGAAUCUUCUUAUUUAGAAGAUUUUUUAUUUGGAACGUGAAUCAAAACUUUGCUUCAUACAUUUAACUUUAUGAAAAAAUAAAAUAUUUUCAUAUUUUUUUUUGCUUAUAUUGUUAUAGCACAAUAUAAGAAGAUGAAAAGUUAAAUUUACAUUAAAACAUACUUAGUUAUAUUACAUAUAAGUUAAAUUGUUUAGUGUAUGUAUGUAUAAACAUUAACGGACCAAUAAUCUACCUACUGCUAUCUGCAUAUGUUUAUGAAAAAGUUUCCUUUUUCUAACAAAAAUAGAAUUUUAAUGAGAAAUUUAUAAGGACAUAGAUCAUGAUAUAGUAGUUUAAUGUGUGCAGUUUUGUAAAACAUAAACUGCUUAAUUAAUUCUUCCUACUACUAAGUGUUCCUACUGUGUAUUGGUAUAAUAAAUCUAAUAGGAAAGAAUACUAAUUUUCAUCGAACGAAAAUGUUUUCUA